AUGUCGGCUAUUUUCCCGCAAAACAUGGCUCACAGCCUAGUGCCUGUACCUCUUAGAACAACUGCACAUCAAGACCCUCUGCUACAUGUGGAGCGGCAAGCGAAGCAUAUACAACGUAAUCUGCAGCUUCUCAUAGACGCCCAGAGCGAGGGUUUGCUUGCUGGGCUUAGCGAUCAACAACCUGAUGAAAGCGCGCUUAAGAGCCAUGCGACAUCCUCACGGUCACAGCUGUCCAGUCUUAGCGGGGCUUCCACAGCGUCAGUUCUACAGCCGCGCAAGAAGAAAAUCGGACUACACACAGCAAGAGAGAAUAUUCUCAAGUCCAUGCAGGACCUCAUGCAACUCCGGGAGGAAGAACGCGAAAUACUUGCUUCCAGGCAGGAGGAAAUAAACUAUGGAUUGACUGAUAUUGAAACGUUCAAUACCAAGAAAUCGAAGUUAGAGCAAGCCAUUGCAGCAAUCAAUGAGAACAUGGAAACCCAGCGUACUAGGGAGUUGCGAGCCGAGAGUACCAGGCUCGAACAGGAAAUACAUGAGCUAGAGAACAAGCUGGCGCAGAUGAAAACAAGGCAUCGACAUGUUGUUGAGGAAUUAGCGCAAGUUGAGAACUCUGUGGAAGCUAAAUUAUCGUCAUAUAAAGCUUCACUAUCCCUUCUCGAGUCGGAUGUCCGGAGAUUCCUCGCAAGUCCCCCGGUCACUCCAUCGGCCAGAGGCACUGCUGGAGAGAACUUUUACUCACUAAAACCAAAUCGACGAACUCUGGAGAUGGCACAGGAACAUUGGAGACUGGAACAAUCUGUAUUGCAACAUCGGCAAGAGGAGGUUAAUGCCGAGAUCGAGGCACUUGAGGAUGGUUGCGAUGUAUGGAAACGGGUGGUUGAAGUCAUCAGCGGGUUUGAGAAGCGCCUGCGAGCCAACAUGCGCCGUUCGAUACAAGAUCAAGGGGAGCCACUGCAAGACAAGAAUGUUGCGAACAACAAAGGUAACUUGGUCCAGGCCAUUAUGGAAGACCUGGAACAGACGACAGAUCUCGUAGAGCAAAACCUGGGUCAUGCGCAAAGCAAAGAUUGGAAGCUCCUUGUUUGCUGCAUUUCGGCAGAAUUUGAAGCACUUCACGAGGCUCGAGUGAUGCUCUUGAGCAUAUUCGACAAUACAGACGAUGUUAAUCCGCCUACCGCCUACGGAGACCCUGGAAAGCCGCGCAAGAGCUCAGACGGCGAUUCACAUGGCGAUCCUCUUGGAGUGGAUAAUCCCGAGCCUCCAGCUGACCUGUUGCAAGAUAUGAACAGCCAUUCUCCCGGCGAUGCCAACUCGGAGACUGAAGAUGACGAACCUGAUCCUGCUUGGUUGCUGCCGGAGAGUUGA